GUUUCCUUGUUAGCCACAGCGUCAGUGCUAGCCAACAAAACAACUGUCCCACUUUCUUCCCCUCCUCUAUUUCGUUCUCGUUUCUCUUUCUUCUCUUUCCCCAGAAGUUAAAAUAACUCUUCGUCCACCUCCAAAACCAUGGACGAGACGAGUCCGCUCGUCUCUCCGCUCCGGGACUCCGGUGAUUUCAGCUACUGUCCCACAGAGCCCACCAGCCCCCGGGGCGCGUUUGGAAGCACCCCGGGCUCGGUGGUGCGCAUCCCGGCAGGCAGUCCGGGACGCAACCGGGAGAGACAGCCGCUCCUGGACCGGGAUCGUGGGAGCUCGCCGCGGGAGCCGCACAGGAACGAGUUCCCGGAGGAUCCAGAGUUUAGAGAGAUCAUCCGAAAGGCCGAGCGAGCCAUAGAGGAGGGGAUCUACCCGGAGAGGAUCUACCAAGGAUCCAGUGGAAGCUAUUUUGUCAAAGACUCACAGGGGAAAAUUAUCGGCGUGUUCAAACCUAAGAAUGAAGAGCCCUAUGGCCAGCUGAACCCCAAGUGGACUAAGUGGCUCCAGAAACUGUGUUGUCCCUGCUGUUUUGGACGCGACUGUUUGGUCCUGAACCAGGGUUACCUCUCAGAGGCAGGGGCCAGCCUCGUUGAUCAGAAACUGGAGCUCAACAUCGUUCCCAGGACCAAGGUGGUGUACUUGGCCAGUGAAACAUUCAACUACAGUGCCAUAGACAGGGUGAAGUCUCGAGGAAAGAAGUUAGCCCUGGAGAAGGUGCCUAAAGUGGGUCAGCGUUUCCACAGGAUUGGACUGCCACCCAAGGUUGGCUCCUUCCAGCUCUUCGUUGAUGGCUACAAGGAUGCAGAUUUCUGGCUGCGGAGGUUUGAAGCGGAGCCGCUGCCUGAAAACACCAACCGCCAGCUCCAGCUGCAGUUUGAGCGGCUUGUAGUCCUCGAUUACAUCAUCAGGAACACAGACAGGGGAAAUGACAACUGGUUGCUCAAGUAUGACUGUCCCAUGGACCCUGUUGGGAAUAGGGACACAGACUGGGUGGUAGUAAAGGAUCCCAUCAUCAAGCUAGCAGCUAUAGACAACGGCCUCGCCUUCCCCCUCAAACACCCUGACUCCUGGAGAGCUUACCCGUUCUACUGGGCGUGGCUCACCCAGGCCAAAAUUCCUUUCUCCCAGGAAAUCAGAGAGCUGGUCUUGCCCAAACUCUCCGACCCAAAUUUCAUCAAAGACCUGGAAGAGGACUUGUAUGAAUUAUUCAAGAAAGACCCUGGUUUCGACAGAGGACAGUUUCACAAACAAGUAGCCGUAAUGAGGGGGCAGAUCCUGAACCUGUGCCAAGCCCUGAAGGAUGGUAAAACACCCCUGCAGUUGGUCCAGAUGCCCCCAGUAAUCGUCGAAACAGCCAGAGCACCUCAGAGAGCCAACAGUGAGUCCUACACACAGAGUUUCCAGAGCAGAAGACCCUUCUUCACCUGGUGGUAGGAAUGAUGCAAUGCAGAGGAAGAGGAGCAAAAGCAGGAAGCCGGAGCAAUGAAAGGAGCGAGGGGUGUUGAUAUGCGGAUGGAAGACAGGACAGAAUCUGAGAGUGAAGGUUUUUGUCCCAGAAAUGGAAAUAAUCAUGUCCCCCCCCUCCUCUCCUCUCCUUAUGGAUAUUUUGGUUACAGAGUGAGUGAGUUGAUGGACAGAUGAGGCCAAAAGAGGAAGAGUUUCACAGCAUAUCUUUCCUGUUUGCCUCUGUGCCUUGCUUGAAUGUCAAUGAAGAAUUAACGCUGAGUUGAUGAAGAUUCUGUACCUUCCUGCGAGAGAGAAAGAUUUACAGAGAGGUGUCAGACUUUUCUUUUGGACCCCUGGGUGCACGUAAUGUUUGCCCACACACACGCACGCCAGUCAAAAGCCUCUCGUGCUUUGUUUUUGGAUGGGAGGUGUUGCAUUCCAUGUUUGUUUUUUUUUUCACAAGUCUCUGCCUUUAAUAUUCACCUGCAUAUUCCCUCCCACGCAGUUAAAAGCCCUGGGCUGGUGAAAGCAGCGGUGCCACUGGUGAAGAUCAGCAUUUUUUAUUUUUUAACAAAUAAGAGAAGUGUUCAUUGUGGUUAAGUUUUGAAGAUUUAGGAACUGGGCUCUCGGUGGUGUGUAUGUCUUUACACAGUAAACACAAGCUAUGCGAAUUGGUUUCACAGUUACUCAAUGCUCCUCCUAACUGUUUAGAUUAGGAUCUGCAAGUCAUCUGGUGUGAUAUUGGAAAGCAGAGGCACUUUUGUUAAAAGACACAAACUGUUUGAUAAGUAUGACUGGCUUGCCUAACUUUUCCUUCUUUCACUGAUGAGUUAAAUCAUUGGCGAAGAAGACAAAAAGAUCCCGUCUGUGAGCAGGCGGAGGGGGGGUUGCUGAUUCCCCACAAGCUCCUGUUUGUCUCGGCCAUGUUGAUUUCUGUUCAUUUCCAGGCUCAUGAGGUGGACCCAAGUAAACAAUGAAGUAACUUCCUGCUGUACUGAACUGACAUGAAAUGUAUUGUCGUGACAAUGCACUGUAUAAUUUGUAUGUAAUAUUUAAUGAUAGAUUAUAAUUAAAACAUAUUACAUUAAUACA